AUGGAUGCCGCCGCGGGUGAUUCAACGCCCAGCCCAUUCAUAUGGCUCUGGACACUGAUCGCGGCCCUUGACUUUCAUUUUCUCGCCACCUUCUUCUACAACCAAUUCCGGCCGGUCCCAUACCCCAAGCAUGAUUUCUCGGGGAAAACGAUCCUCGUGACCGGCGCCAAUGCCGGCCUGGGUUUCGAAGCUGCACGGCAUUUCGCCCGUCUCAACGCGGCCAAGGUCAUUCUGGGAUGUCGCGACGCUGAGAAGGCCCAGCAUGCCAAGGCUGAGAUCGAGCGCUCAACGGGGCGGCCCCACGGCGUCGUGGAAGCCUGGCCACUCGACCUGACUAGUUUCGACAGCGUCAGGGAGUUCUGCAGCAGGGCAGGGAAGCUCGAUCGUCUUGACGCAGUCGUCGAGAAUGCCUCCGUCGCCAUGGUCUCCGCCGAGGGAACCCUCGCCGAGGGGUUCGAGUGCACGAUCACGGUGAACGUCAUCUCCACGUUCUUGAUGGCGCUGCUUCUCCUCCCCACGCUGAGGAGAACAUCGGCAAAGUUCAAUACCCUGGCCAGGCUGACGAUAGUCUCAUCCGAAGGUCACAUCAUGGCGCGGUUCACCGAGAAAUCGGCCAAGAACAUUUUCGAUGCUUUCAAGUCAACCAAGGUGCCUCCAGACCGCUAUCAGACCUCCAAGCUGCUCCAGCAGUUCAUUGUCCAGGAGCUUGCAGAAGACAUGUCCAGCCCCAUCAGCAACACUAAAGGCUCAGUUAUUCUGAACACCGUAAACCCAGGAUUCUGCCGUACACUGCUGUUCCGGCACAACACGUUUCCAGCGUCUGUUGCCCUUACGGCUAUUUCCUACCUCAUCGGACGAUCGGCCGAGGCAGGGUCAAGGGUGCUGGUAGAUGCUGCAGCCGCCAGGCCCGAGACAAAUGGGAAGUGGCUAGACACGUGUGAACUCCGGGAACCCAGCGCCUACGUGCGGAGCGAAGAGGGUGAGGAGAUGCAGAUUCGUGUGUAUGAGGAAUUGAUGCGUAUAUUGGAGGAAAUAGAGCCAGGCAUCACGAGAAAUAUUUGA